AUGAAAACUAUAUUUAUAUAUCUAAUUAUACUUUUAUAUAUUUCAAAAUAUUGUUGUGAAUAUUUAUCAUGCAGAACAAAUUGUUCAUAUAAUGGUACUAUUGAUAAUGAAUGUUGGCGACAAGCUUUAAAUUAUCGUUCAUCAGAAUUAAUUCAACGAAUUUUUUCAUUUAGUAGUCUAUCUGUUUAUAUUGAUAGUUUUCAACGAAAUCAUUCAAAAGAAUUAAACAAUAGUAUCGAAUUUAUUGAUGAAUCAUUUGAAAAUAAUUUAUUAAAUGAAACAUUAAAUGUUAAAUUAAAUAUAAGUUUAUUUAUAGAAACAAAACAAAUUCUUCUUAAUUUCUGUCAAAAUUUAAUAUUAAAUGCAACUAAAUCACCUCGUGAACUUCCAUCAUUAUCAUGUGCAACAUCUACAUGUUCUACAGAUAUACGUAAUUAUAUGGUACUUUUUAUAAUUAGUAUUGCUAUAGCUAGUUUAGUACUAAUCAUCUGUAUCGUACAAUCUAUUCAAGCACGUAAAUCAAAACCUAUAGUAAUUGUUCAACACAACGAUCUUCUUAUAAAUUCUUCUUCUGCUCCUAGAAUUUAACGUACAUGUGAUAGUAAACACGGUUCAAUCGAUUGUUGGAAAAUAACUACAGAUGGAUUUACUUAUGGUUUAUCAACAGCUAUGAUUGAUUAUUGUGAAGUUAUACUAAAUCUUCGUCAAAUAAAUAAUAAUCAAAUAUCUUGGUAUAAUAUCAGUCGUGAUAUACUUAUACAAGAAAUUGCUCAAUACGAUCUUGAUCCAAAAGUUCGUCAAUUAACUAAAAAGAAUAUCGAAGAUAUUGCAAUAUCACUACUUAAUAAUUGUUUUUAUACAUCAUUAUCAAUAUCUUCUCAACCAUCAUGUCCAUCAUGUUCUGUAAAACAAAUUCAAUUAAUGAAAGAAUGGCGUUCUAUAUCACUAAUUCUAAUAUCCGGUUGUGUUUUUUUAAUUGUUAUCAUUUCAUUAUUAUAUACAUUCCAUCCUUAUUUUAAUCGUCGUACAUAUGAAUCGAUUAGUUAA